AUGGGCGCAGUAUGCUGUCGGCCUGAGCCGAUCGACUUUGACGGAGAGGUCAACUUGUUCCAUUUCGCGCUGUUGAGGAGCGUAGGCAAGGGUGCGUUCGGAAAGGUCCGCGUCGUCCAGCACAAACAAACCAAAGAGCUCUUCGCCCUCAAGUACAUCAACAAAGCCAAAUGUGUCAAGAUGCGCGCCAUCACCAAUAUCAUCCAGGAACGCAGGCUGCUCGAGGAGAUCGACCACCCGUUUGUCGUCAACUUGCGCUAUGCGUUCCAAGACGACGAGAAUUGCUUUUUCGUUCUGGAUCUUAUGCUUGGCGGGGACCUGAGAUUCCACUUGGAUAGGAACGGUCCGAUGUCAGAGGAGCUCGUGAGGUUCUACGUUGCCGAGCUGUCCUCGGCCAUCAGCUACCUGCAUGACAAACGCAUCGUACACCGCGAUCUCAAGCCGGACAACAUCCUCCUCGACGAGCGGGGUCAUGCGCAUAUUACAGACUUUAACAUCGCCGUGCAUUACUCGCCUAAGAAACUUAUGACUGGCGUAGCGGGGAGUAUGGCGUACAUGGCACCCGAGGUGCUCACAAAGCGCGGGUACUCGUAUCAGAUCGACUGGUGGUCCCUUGGUGUCGUAGCCUACGAACUCAUGUUCGGCAAACGUCCUUUCAAAGGCAACACAAACUCCAACCUCACGCAGAGUAUCACGAAAGACAGCGUAAAGUUCCCCGAAGACGCGCAACAGAAACACUCGCGCGAGGCGCUCCACUGUCUUGUUACUUUCUUGGAGCGGGACCCGAGGAGACGGCUCGGAUGUAAGAGCUUGGACGACGAGGCGAGGGAAGUGAAGUCCCAUCCUUGGAUGAGGGACUUUGACUGGGAUGCCCUGGAGCAGAAAGCGCUCACACCGCCUUUCGUACCUGAUUCCAAGAAAGCGAACUUUGACGCUUCCCACGAGCUGGAAGAGCUCCUCCUAGAAGACAACCCUCUCAAAGCGCGAAAGCGGAAUGCGAACCUCGACGUCAACUCUCUCUCCUCCGACCAGCGCACGCUCGAAGAACAGUUCACAGUCUACGACUACCAGAAGAUGAACCGCCGGUCGUACUUCAACACCUCCCAGCAGAUCGUCAGCCAGAUAACGGCAAACUCUUCUGGCCCGGAUAGCUCGCGCCCCCCGACGCCGGGCAUGGCAGAGCUGCCCAUGGCGCUCACAGCGGAGAUUGAUAUGUCGACGAAGAUGAUGCCGGUGACGAGGACGCAGGCGAUGGAGCUUGCGAGUAGGCAGGAGUAACCCGGAGCAUGAGGCAUGAGAAUACGGCAUGUCGAGCCGCGCAUAUACCCAUCCCCCAUCCCCCCGUCGCCUCCCUCUCCCCCCUUCUCCUCUUCACCCGUUCAUCGACAACCCACGUCCCUACGUCCCCGAUCGCUGCCCAAGCUCGUGGGGACAAGAAAAGUACGACCCCGAUAUGCCGACAUGCCCGUCUCCCCUUCUGCCUCCUGUUCUGCCUGCCUGCGUUGCGGGCGCCGCGGAUGUUCGUGGCCCUCUGCCCUCUGCCGCCUGGACUGCGCUCUUCGUCCGCUCUGCCGGUGUGGGCAGAUCGACUCUCUUUGGGAUAAUAGGAUGACUUUUACGCUCUUUUCCCUUUUCCCUUUUCCCUUUCCUCUUUCCUCUUUUCCUCUUCCUCUUCCUCUUUGCUGCUGUUUCGCUUUUCCGCUUUCUGCUUCCCGCUUCCCAGCCUCCCCUUCAGCCUGUUUGCCGGUACCCCCACAGACGACCAGCAGGCACCUGCUGCCUCACUUCGCCCUUCGCAUCUCAAGGCCGUUCCGUUGAUAUUUAUGCAUUUCCCCCAACCGAUGGCCCCUGUUCAUGUCCUACCACAACUCGUUUCCAACGUUUAAUCUCCCCUGUUAUUUUUUCCGUUUUUCCGUUUUUGCCUUCAUCCCCUGUUCCCCUGUUCCCCUGUUCUCCUGUUCUCCUGUUCUCCUGUUCUCCUGUUCUUCCUUAUAUAUGUUCCCUAGGGCGCAGUUGUCCCCUCUCUACCCCUCUCUUCCUAUCUCUAUUUCGUCUCUCCGUCUCCGAUUUUUAUCGCCGUUGUCGCCGUUGUCGCUUGUGUUGCGGUUCGCUCGCUGCAUGUCCCCCUUCC